AGCAUUUAUUGAUGAGGUCCCUUAAUUUCUACGUUUAGUCCAGCUGAGUGCAGCCCGGUGCUGUUUUUAUCUCCAGUCCGGUGGAGUACAAUUCCGUUGUUGGCAGUCGUCGUCUUGGGUUGAUUCAGUUGUUAACAUUACCAUGUCGGUGAUAGGAUGAGUGAAAAAAAAAAAUCCUUACAAAAUUAAAUUCGUCUCGAUACGUUUAGCAAUAAUUCAUCAAUAUAAAUUGGUGAUGUGAUACUCUAGUUAAUGUCAAUAAUUGGUGAUGUGAGACUCUAGUUAAUGUCAAUAAUUGGUGAUGUGAUACUCUAGUUAAUGUCAAUAAUUGGUGAUGUGAGACUCUAGUUAAUGUCAAUAAUUGGUGAUGUGAGACUCUAGUUAAUGUCAAUAAUUGGUGAUGUGAGACUCUAGUUAAUGUCAAUAAUUGGUGAUGUGUUACUCUAGUUAAUGCCAAUGUGAUAUCCUACUGGUAGCAUCAACCAACUUUUCAACCAGCUCAUCGCACGGACUAACUACUGUUUACCGAAUAGCUUUCUGUGACGGAAUGGAAUAGACGAUACCUGCACUCCCACAAUGAUCUAAAGUCAAUCGGCCAAACACUCACAAUGGAUCUGUCGUGUUUCUGGGUCUGGCUGCGGAGAUUCUUUAGGCGAAAGUUCCACUCUACGGGUGGGACGUUUUAUUCCCAGCAGACGGGGUCCCACCAGGUGUUCGUUAACUUCGUCAACUCGCAGACCCAAACGGAAGCCGAGCAGGUGAGAUCGCUGGAAAUAGAACUGUUCUCCUGGACCAAAAACUCCUGCCGGUCGCUGGAAAUACCCUUAAACAUCGGCCGGUUCCACCACUUGUUGUCACUGACCGUGACCGGGUGUGGUUUGACCAACCUGCCCUGGUCAUUCGUUUAUCUCAAGUCGCUCGUCUACCUGGACUUGUCUCACAACAAAUUUAUCUGCCUUCCGAACUUCAUCGGCUGCUUGACCAGUCUGGAGACAUUGAACUUGGAAUCCAACACCCUGAUGAUGCUGCCGACGGCGCUCAUUGAGCUCACAAACCUGAAGAUUCUAAAUCUCGCCAACAACGAAACCCUCGUGGCCCCGUCGUACGCCAUUUGCAUGAGAGGCAUCCCCACGGUCAUGAGAGCUCUGGCGAUGCGAAGCUCGCGGAAAAACCUGUGGCAAAAUUCUAAAGCUUACUACGAUCCUGCAGACUCUACCACGGAAGCCGCUGGAGACGUGCCCACGCUGGUCGUUCUCGCCGUGAACGUCAUUCUCCAGUCCGACCUCGACUACCUCUCGCAGGCGCACGUUCCCAAGAAACUCAAGAGUCUGAUCCGGGAAAAGCUGGACGAGAAGAGAAAAUCGCUCAACGUCGCCAAGUGCAGCAGUUGUAUGACCUACUUCUCUAACGUCAUUGAAUUCGAGGGUCACGUGUGCAAACAGCAAUCGAUUUAGUUGUCUUAAUGGAAACUAAUUUUUUUUUUAUUAAGAUGUGCCAUGUUGCUGUAAAGUUAACUUGACGUUGGCUACACAUGGAUGAUGGAAAAACAGCUUGUGAAACGUUUUUUAAAAUAAAUUUUAGGGUGUUCUUAUCUGGGCCUGACUUGACUUAACUGGCUGAACCCGAUUGGCUGGACCUAACAAACUGGACCUAACUGACUGGAUUUAACGGGCUAGACUUAACAAACUGAACCCAACUAACUUGACCUAAACAACAGGACUUAACUGGCUGGACCUGACUGGCUAGACCUAACAAUAAAAUAUAACUUAGCUUAUUGGACCACACUGACUCGACUUCACUGACUGGACUUAAUUGGCUCGAAAAAAUUAAAAUUGACUGCCCCAGACUGUCAGGACCUAACUGUCAGAACCUACCUGACUGGACUUAACUGUCAGGACCGUACUGAAUGGACUUAACUGUCAGGACCUAACUGACUGCACCAAACUGCCUGGACCUAAAUGUCAGGACCUAACUUACUGGACCACACGGUCAGGAUCUACCUUUUAUUAAUGGACCAAAAUGUCAGGACCUAACUUCUAUAACCAAAAGACCCAAUACAAAGAACACACUAUUUGAUAAAAGAUGUAUUGUUUGUGCAAAGGAAUCUAGUGUAGCUGCUCUUAUAAAAUUGUAUCAACUCCCAUCUUAAUUGUUAUCUUUGUCCUUUUAUUUCAAUAUAUUUAAUGACUGCUCCACUCAAAACUUAUCUUCUUUUUUUUUUAAAUUUCUUUUAAAUGCACUAUUUUAAUGUAACAUUUUAAUCAUGACAAUAAUAUAUUGGCUGUCUUUAUGCACGAUUUUUUAAUUAUAAAGCUUCAGUAAUUCUUGAUACAAAAAUUUUAAAAAAUUUAAAUGUGUUGGCGAAAAAGAGUUACCAUUUAUUUUCUGUUAUUUAUUCAUUAGGAAAAACCCGAUAGCUACAAGUGUAAUAUUUAAACAUUAGAACCAAAAGAGUUCCCAAGUUUAAACACGCGCAAAUACAAUGAUAAUAAAUGACCACUAUUAGUACUCAUCAUAUUUGUUUAAAGCAUAUCCAGGUCCAUGGUUAAUAAGUUGUGAUCCUUUGGUAUAUUCUCAGUGAUUUCUUUUGUUUCAUCGUUCUGUUAUUCAGUACAAGGGAUACUAAUCGCCACCUUGUUUUAUUGUAAGAAUCACCUGGGCAGUUUCACAGAUUGAAAAAAAAGAAUCUGUUCUUUGACCUUUCCAGCAAUAUUAUUGGUGUUAAAAAGUUUUACAAACUGGCCACAUGCAGAUUCUUUUCGUUUAUUUGAAUGCCCUC